ACGCAGACAGGUAGUUUCAGGGUGUGUCUUCACUAAGGACGAAUUUGUCCAACAUAUAAAGAAAAAGCCCAGUCGAAACCUUAGUCAAUCAGUGACUUGAGUUCACAAAGUUAAUAGUCAUGGCCUUAACACGAUUACAGGGAUUGCUUCUGCUGAUACUCUACUGGAUUAAUACCUCAAAUGCCAUUCCAGGGAAAGGACGUGGGUUUAUUGGAUAUAAGGACCCUGAUUCAGAUAAGGUUGUUGUGGACAAGGCCACGGCUGAUGCACUGAAGAGCAGUUUGACCACAGUCUUCCUCCCAGUCAUCUACAUCAUUGUAUUUGUCCUGGGGCUGCCCACCAACGCCAUGGCGAUCUGGGUGUUCCUCUUCAGGACCAAGAAAAAGCACCCCGCAUCCAUCUACAUGGCCAACCUGGCUCUGUCUGACCUGCUGUUUGUCAUCUGGACCCCUCUCAAGAUUGCAUACCAUUUUAAUGGCAACAACUGGAUCUAUGGAGAGGGGCUGUGCAAAGUCCUGGUGAGCUUCUUCUACGGGAACAUGUAUUGCUCCGUCCUCUUCAUCACCUGCCUCAGUGUGCAGAGGUACUGGGUUGUGGCCCACCCUCUAUCCCAGCAGAGGAAGAACAACAAAGUGGCUGUUAUUAUCUCCGUAUCCAUCUGGGCUUUCAUCUGGCUCACCGCUACCCCUCUGUAUCUCUAUAACCACACUGCUACCAUCAAAGACCUCAACAUUAUCACCUGCCAUGAUGUCAACGCUGUCAACCAAACGGUCAAAGAAAAAAAUCUGCUUGCUCCUGCCCAGGAUGUUCAUGAAGAUGUAUUCACCGAUGUCCAGCUGCUCUACUACUACUUCAUCCUCACCGCUGUGUUUGUGUUCCUUGUCCCGUGUAUAGUGAUUGUUGUGGCCUACAUCCUUUUACUGCGCACCCUUGGGAACAGCAUGGUGGACAGCACAGCAGCAAAGAACCGGCAGAAAGCUAUAGUGUUGAUCGUGACUGUGCUGGUGACAUUUCUGGUGUGUUUCAUCCCCAGCAAUAUAAUGCUGGUGGUGCACUACUCCCUGCUCCGGUACGGGAGGCACAAUAAUUACUAUGCCUUCUAUAUCACCACGUUGUGCCUGGCCAGCCUUAACAGCUGCCUGGACCCCUUCAUCUACUACUUUGUGUCAGAGGACUUUAGAAACCAUGUGAAGAAUACUCUGCUGUGCAGGAGCAGCCGGACUGUGGAAAGGAUGAGGGUCUCGUUCAGCUCCAUGAAGUACUCCAAGAAGAGCAAGUCCUACAUGUCAGACACAGGGAAUACAGAGAGCAGCACGUGCUAGUCAAGGGGAGAAGAGAAAAGACUCAAAGUGCCUGUGCUUGUGCUCUGGUGCACUGCAAAUGUCAUGUUGUGCACACCUCUGCAGCACCGGGAAGGAAUAAACAAUGACAGCAUAAUUAUAAUGCUUUGGUAUCUGCAAAGCAUCAGAUAACCACCUAAGACGAGCCAUCAUCCCAGCUCUGCAAGAAGCAAAAUGUGUGCUCGGACAAUAUUUUUAGAAUAUUUAACGUUGAAAAUGACUGAGCUGGGGUGACAACAAGACAAUCUUUGAAAUGUGUAUUUUUUUUUUUUUUAAUGUCAUCAACAGUUGUAUAAAGUUGAAAUGUGAAAGACAAGGAUACGUUAUAAUUGAUUUUUAUAUGAACAAAAAAAAAAGUUUUAGGUCCGUGAAGACCCACAGCUGCGCAGUUAUGGUAUCUAUCGUCGUGUGUGGCAUUUUUUUUAAAUAACCAAAGACUAGUGAAAGCCAAAAACAUAACUUUAUUGAAAUGGGCAAAUUAAUUUGUGUAUUCAGUGGAAGGAAGUUGCAGGGUGUUCUGACAGCAAAACAAAACGUAAUGCAACAAUGUGGCCUUGGCCAAAUUGGCAUAAAAACAAAAAAAAAAAACUUCCUUUUCUUUCUUCCCUGUUUUCCUUGCCCAUUUACAAGUGUAGCAUGUAAGCUACAAUUUUAUUUAAUCUUUUUAAACCUCAUGUGCCAUUGUGUCGAUUUAAUUUUGUGCAACUUUUGAGUGUCGUCAAAAUAUGUUUGUUUGUUACACUAUGUCGUAAAUAAAUGAUAAAACAACA